AUGAAGUUCUCCGCCGUUCUCGUCUGGGCCUCGCUGGCUUUGGCCACCCCUACCCCUGCCAUUCAAACUCGCGACGAGGACAACACAUUGUGCAAGCUUUUUGACGGCCUUUCCAAGCUCGAAGACACUGUCUAUGCCUCCAGGGUCAAGAUUGAUGCAGCGGCGGCGGCCUCUAAUGUCGACAAUGAAUCCCAGACUGCUGCUGCCAUCGAGACGGAACUCGAAGCGAUCAACGCUGCCCUCUUAGCUGCGUUUGGCAGCAGCACGGGCAAGGGUGCGAUUUGCUUGCCCAGUUUGGCAUGCGAGGAAGACUCCGACGUGUUCACAUGUUUUCUGGAAAGCUGCUCUGCUGCAGCCGAAACCGCCGCCGACUUGAAAGACAUCCUGACCACCAUCUCCGGCCUAUCAGCUGACGUCCGAAAAGCUGUGGCUGAACAAUUGGGCCUCCUCAGGUUCCUGACCGCGCCGAGUAUCGAGGUCAUUCUGCAAUAUUGCAACAAGCUGACCCAGCAAUGCCCGAUCCAAGUCUGA